AUGCGCUUCCAGAUUCACUGGCAGCCCCUUUUCGAGGCCAUCCCGUACCAGGCGUCGAGCUACAACCUCCCCUACCGAUCGAGCUGUCAUUUAUCUCACGACGCCAAAAUCAAGAACAGCAAUAUAAUCCGUCGUCACACAGAUAUCAAGCCAGCGAUCGAGCUAUUAGCAAAACUAGGGAUGCAAGAGGAUGCCAUUUCGGAAACUGUUAGAGCACAUCUCAGGCUCGAGAAGGAGGCAAAAUGCUUCGUUCCCCUGAUCCAAGACUGGAUCUGGGGCAAGUUCAAUAUCUGCGUUCCCGUACGGGUAGAGUCAAGCAAGUUCAAAGGCACGGUCAUGAUGCGAUUCCCCAAGCCCUACGCCCUUGCCGAGUCUUAUUACCCCGGAUCUAUUGAGGAAAAGCUACGAGCCGAGGUCGGUGCCUAUUCGUGGUUCCAGCAAAAGUGCCCAGAUAUUCGAAUUCCUCAUCUUUAUGGAUUCGGCAUUGCCAACCGCCAUUUUACCCAUCAAGCCCAGCUACCAUGGUACGCCCGAAUUCGAUUCAGACUAUUCCAAUGGCUCCGGUCGCUAUUCCGACUACCAGCAGCCUCCAACUACGCAUCCAUAUCUAUACCUGCGCAACUUUCAUCUCAGUACAUGCUAAUCGAGUACAUUCCACCGGAAACCGGGAGGAUGUUGUCGUCUACCUGGAAGUCGCAGAAAAACGAUCCAUCACGCCGCAAGAACCUAUUUCAGGGCCUUGCACGUAUCAUGAUAUCAAUGUCUCGGAUUCCACAGCCUAGGAUUGGCUCGUUCCAAUUCAACGAUGAUUGCACUGUAUCCUUGACAGGCCGACCCGCCUCUGCAGCGGCUACACUUCUCGAAAACGGCGGUGCCGAGCGCUCAAUCGGCUCAAAACAAACGUAUACUUGUACUGAGCCGUACGUUUCUGAUGUCAUUUCGCUCCACGACGAUCAUUUCUAUGUUGAUGUCAACGCGACCGACUCUGAAGAUGAUUGUCGUGGCCUUAUGUCGACUCGAGUGCUUCUUCGAGCCUUGUCCCAUCGCUAUAUCAAGAAGGAAUGCAGAUAUGGACCAUUUAUGCUUCAGCUUACUGAUCUCCAUCAAAGUAACAUUUUUGUGACGGAAAACUGGGAAGUUGCGUGUCUUAUCGACCUAGAAUGGAUAUGUGCCCUUCCUCCCGAGUCGCAACAGGUACCGUACUGGCUCGCCUGCCAGGACAUAAGCGACAUCGUUGAUACUAAGGAAAGUCAGAAAUUGACUGAAUUUAAUGCUCUGCGGCAAGAAUUCAUGCAAGCUUUGUCGGAGGAAGAGUCCAAGGUCAACCUCCCCUGGCCCUUGACCAAGAUUAUGGAAGAAACGUGGCAGUCUGGUGCCACGUGGUUUUGGCAUUCUCUAGCCUCUGUCAAUGCUGCUUACUAUCUAUUCCAGGAUCACAUCUGCCCCCGAUUCUCAACAGAUCUGACUCCUCCAAUCACAAGUGUACUCGCAAACUUCUGGAGAGAAGGGGGAGGUGAGGAAGUUGUUGCCAAGAAAGUCGCGGACUUUGAAAGAUAUCAACAUGAUCUUGACUGCCUUUUUGCUAAGAUGACCCAGGCUUAG